AUGCCCGUGGGCACCGGCCCAUUCCGUGCCGGGCACUCCCCGUGGGGCCCGGCCCCGGGACACCGAGGCCGGGCUGUGCCUCCCGCGGGGACACCGGGGCCUGGGACGAGCUCCCGGGGCGGACUCGUCGGGCUCGGCCGAACGGGGGGGAUGGACGCCAGGGUGUCCUGCUCCACCGCGGGGGCACCGACCCCACAGCGGGGCCUUGGCACCGCCCGGGCCCCGGCACAGCUCAGCUCGGCUCAGCUCGGCCCGGCCCAGCUCAGCUCAGCAGAGCCCAGCUCGGCGCGGUCCAGCUCAGCACAGGACAGGACGGCACGGCAUGGCCCAGCUCAGCUCAGCUCAUCACAGCCCGGCCUAGCUCAGCUCGGCUUGGCCCGGCUCAGCUCGGCACAGUCCAGUUUGGCUCAGCUCGGCACAGUCCAGUUUGGCUCAGCUCGGCACACUUUAUGGGAACAAGAUGCUUGGAAACUGGGCUGGCUCUCCAAGGAGCUGCCUCCUGCUGUGCUGGGGCUGUCACCCACUCACCUCCUCCUGCUGUGCUGGGCUGUCACCCACUCACCUCCUGCUAUACUGGGGCUGUCACCCACUCACAGGACACCAACCUGUGUGGGGAGGAGUGGAGCAGCUGCCUUUGUGUCACACGGGGUCCAAGAAAUUAGAGACCUAUCUGCCUCCCCACCUUCUUGGCCUCUCCCAAUUACCACGUCCUUUACCUCACCCUUCUUGAGAGUCCCCUCUGUACAUCUCAUACCUGCUGCCUUGAAAUCUCCUCGCAGUGUUUGCUGAAGGAUGCCCCAUAGCACCUGUCACUGUCCAGGGUAUCAUCCUGACAACUGGUAAUAGGCAUCCAGCGUCCAAAUAAUUAGGGGGAAAAACUAGUUUCAAGCCUCAACUAUUAGCACUGCUGUGAAUCUGUGAUGCAGUACAGUUAGUGCUACCUGCUUUCAUUGGAGCAGGACAGGAAUCCAGGUGUCAUCCCUCCCAGGUGAUCAUGCCAGAAAAUAGCACAUCUCACUCAAGAAAUAGUUAUUUAAUACAAAACAGAUCAGUUGCAGUGGGAAAGAAUUGAGGGAGAUCUGUUCUAGCAGGGCUAGAAUGCUUGCUUGAGAGGUGUGACACUGAUUUAUCUUGUGUGCUUGUAUCCAUGUACUGCCCAGCUAAAACACUCCAUAAAAAUUUGGUUUAAUGGAACAAAUAAUUUGUCCAUUGAAUCAUAGGGAAGUUUGAUAGAGAUCAGCAGGGGAUAUUAAAGCAAUAUUAAAUAGUUUCAAUAGCAUACAGAGAAGUAGCACAUGGAACCUGGUGAUGUGAAGAAACUUGUUACAUGUCAGGUGAGGUGCCCUUGGGGGCAAGAGUCACCCCUUCCUCCGUAGUAUCUCAUGAAACACAAAAAGCAGAUCAUGAAAAUGGUGUGGGUUACUUAACUGGACUGUCCAGGUGAACUUAGCAAGCACUGUAAUGUGUUGAAACAGAGGGGACAGGAGGGCAUUCUGUCUGACUUUGAAAAGGUGCCAAAAAUCUAGUCAGAGGGAACCUAAGAGAGCUGCAUACUGUUUGAGGGUAGCAGAAAUUCAGUGUUUUAAAAUAAAGUGCAGACAGGAGGAGGAUACAGCUUGACUAAAAACGUCUGUGCAAUUACACGUGCACAGCUGCUACAACUGGCCCUGCCAGUCUGGUGUUUGUGCACAGUAACAUCUUGUUAGCUGUGCAUUCAGUUCAACUGCUGAACCAAAGUGCUUAUUCAGUCAGAGUCUGAGACUGAAAUGGGGUUUGUAGAAGUUGCUUAAAGAGUUGAAAUCGGGACAAUACUAAAUUCAAAGGUAUUGGGUGAUACGUAUCUAGAUUCAGCUAUACAGAUGUCAGAGGGAGUUGAUGGGCUCUUUCUGCCCUGCAAUAGGAAAAUGAAAAGAUUUCUUGACAGGAGGGGCGUGGGUGUACUCAUACAUCUUCACUUAACAAGUGAGAAGACUUCUGGGUGACAGAGAAUGUUAAUUUUGAGUAACAUUUAAGCCAAUCUUACAGGGCUUUUCCAUGAAUGUUACUGAACCACAUUCUGGAGGUGCAUCUCAUUCUGGCUCCUUCAUCAUGGAAGAAAAUACACAGUUAAAGUACAGAGUCGAAUUUUAACCUGUUUGUUUAACCCUGUUUGACUGGUCACCGAGUACUUUUCACUGGAGCCACAGGCAGGUGUUUCAGGAGCUUAGGACCAUCCUGUCACCCUUCCCUCUUCUCUCCCAGUCCUUGAAGAAGUCAUCCUGUGAGAUGGGAAGAGAAGGGGACAGGCUGCUAGCCUUGCCAGGGCCAUGUCCCUGCAGCAGCUCUGGUGGAGUCCUCCUUGUGCCACCAGUAGGGCCGGGAGCAGGCUGACACAGCAGUGGAAGGACGUGAGUCAGGUGAGAGGAUGUCUUGCUCAUCCAGCCAGUUUGUCUGCUGGAGAGUGGACAAUGACCAGUGCACAGGCUACAGCAGGAAACCAUAUUUGGUGGACGAGUCAGCUAUGGCUGCUGUCUUUUCAUGGGUGGCGACAGUGCCCUGUCUUUGUGUGGUGAUUCUCACAUUGCCAUCACUCCGUGUUCCUGUCCCACCUGCUCGAUACACAGUUACAGGCUUACCUUUGCUUGUGGUUGAAUGUCACCCAGAGCCAGGCUUUGCAACACACUACCUUUUUCCAUGGAUUUAUUUUUCCACUCAAUACUAGUAGACCUUAAACAGUCAUCAGUUUGAACAUCAUCUUCAAAAGCAAGUGCUGUAAGACAGUUCAGGAAAGGUGGACAGGCCGAGCACCCUCGCUCCAGAGAACAGAGACCAAGGAGGACUUUGGGUGGGGAUAUGUCCAGAGGAACGGUCCGAAGAGGACAAGGAUCAACUACUCCUGUUGGUCAAGAGUCAGGCUGUUAAUAGGUUUAAGCCACAGAAGGAAAACUCCAGUCUGAAAACUAAGAAAAUUAUAUAACUGGAGGAAAAGUUAGACAGUGGAACAUGUUGCCAAGACAGAGGUUGUGAAACGAGAUAUUUGAGGCUAGGCUAGACACCCAUCCAUCAGGGAUGGCUUUGGAAUAACAGAGAACAAUUCAAACAGCUUGACUAGAUGACCCAGUAAUAGUCUCUUCCAAUCCAAAUACGUUUGAGAGGCUUCAGAAAUGUAGUUGGCAGCUUGUCCACUUCCAGCACUGUUGUGAUGUGUCAGUGCCAGAUACACAUCACUGGCUUUAGCAUGAGGUACCGAUGGUACAAGAUAGUAGCUGAAGCCAGCACCUUUAAUAGCAUUUGUUUUU